CCCCGCCAGGGGACCCCUAAGACGUCUACUAUAUCACGGUGUAAAGGGUAACAAAGACGAUGGCGAGGCAAAGCAGUCGAGUGAGCAGAUGACAUGUGGGAUUGUGGAACUGAUUUUCAGAUCCGUAUAAUGGCAAGCCGCGAUCCGAAAGUGUGGUAUGAUGGACGACAGAAAACCGCCAGAUGGGUUAGUCGCGCAGGACCAGGGCCCCGGAUGGAAGCAACAGGUACGACAAGACUCCAAGGGAGGCAAAAGUGCCCGCAGAUUGACUUCAAACACUUUGAGGUAAACUUUGGAAUAGGAAGCUCCGUCACGCGAUGUACCGCAUGGACUAGUAUCCUGCGCCAGGCGUUUUGUUUCUCCCAAUUGGGCUCAAAGUUUCUGCACCGACGUCUAGCAUGGCAUCGCAUCAGCCAUAAUGGGACUCGAUUGGAUAUUGCAGACACCACUCUUGGUAGAGACGUUGCAUGUUAUGAAAGAGUUUUCUCCCUCAUAUCUGGUCUCGGGGCUGGCCCUGCCAAAAGGCCAUCACGGUUCAUGCGGAAUCAAAGCAACAUCGAUGAGUCCAGGACUGACACAAUCGACGAUGCUUUGGGUUGCAGAUGCUGAUCAUCUCGUCAACAGUGGCUAUCGCCAUCGCCCUCAUUCCUGGUCGGUAGUGGGGAGCUGAGGCAGCUGAGGCGAUGAAGGCUGAAAAAUGUGUUACACUUGAGAUGUCAGGCCUCCAAGCUGGUUUUUAUUUUCCGAUACGAAACAACACAUUCACCACCGAGAUAAAAAGAGGCAGAGUCGCGAUGCAGCUGGAGACGGUGGGCAGUGGG